CAGCGCUUGACCUUGGCUGCAGGGGACCAAUGGGCCUUAUUAUCCUGUUAGAAGGUAGACUUUAAAAAUGCUUUGGAAGUGACUGAGCUAUUGGCUAAGUUAGCAGAAAACUGAGAUUCAGCUUUCGCUUCAUUCAAAAUCAAGUUAAUCCAAUUUGCUACAUACAGUAAAUAAUGUUAACAACAGCAUAAAAAGACAUGGACGCUCCUUUUGAUGGCACCGAAGUAACAGUUGUCACUGAAGAGAUGGAGGGAAAUUUUGUGCCUGCCAAACCCCCAUUAAAAAAAAAGAAAUACAGAAGUUGUGCUGAACGAGGAGAAACAGUAAAGAAACCUAGGUCUGCUUUCCUACUAUAUUAUUAUGACAUCUACCUGAAAGUCCAGCAAGAGCUUCCUCACCUGCCUCAGUCUGAGCUUAACAAGAAGAUAAGUGAAAGCUGGAAGCUGUUAAGUGUGGCUGAAAAAAGUUUUUAUCUGGAGCGAGCAAAACUGGAGAAAGAGGGUCUGGAUUCUAACAUUCAAUCCAGCUCAUCAACCAUGGUUUCAGAUGUCCCUGGCUUCCGAAAAAUUCUCCCUCGUUCAGAGUUCUUUUUAAUUCCCAAAAAGUCUCCUAAUGAAGAAAGGGUUAUUCGGCAACAUUUAGAGCUCUGUAUGACACAAUCUCAAGGUGCAGGGGUGACCACAAUACCUGUUAGGGUAUCUCAGAAACCAAAACAGAAGCUCAUGUCUAUGGACCCAGGGCAGGUUGGCCUUACAGAACAAGGUGUUGAUAUUGGAGAACUGGCUGAAGAUGGUGCACACAUUAGUUCGGCUGCAGUAGUGCAAGAAGUUCUCCACAAUGGAGUUUUCUCUCAGUAUGAUGGAUCAAUGACAGAUAAACUGAAUGGAGAUAUAAUCCUUGAUGAUGGCAUACUUGAAAUGGGGAACACGACAAGCGUGGUUAUUGAAGAGAAUGGAGGAAUUGCGCUUGCAAGAUCAGAAGUGCCAGCAGGAAUGUCCGUAUUAACUGUGUUGUCAAUUCAGGACCCAGAGGAGAACAACUCAAUAGCUCCUGCUACCCAAUAUUUUGUGGUCCCUACAACCAGUCACGCUCAAGAGACACCACGAUCUAUAAAACUGGCCACCACCUACACUAGGAGGGGACGUGGAAGCUGCACAAACCCCAGCUGCUCUUUCACCUAUGUUACCCGUCACAAGCCUCCCAGGUGCCCUCUUUGUGACAAAUUCCUAGGAGGAAAAUGGAUCCCAAAGGUGAAACAACCAAAAGGGAAGGCUCCUUCCAACACAUGUGCUUUAGCACCGCUACCAGACAGGUCAGAAGCUCUGGAACAGCAUCCCAUUGUUAUCAGCGGGUCAAAGUUAAACCAAGAGAGUACUGAAGCAGUUAGUCAGCUACUACAUGCCUCCCCAACAUCACAGGAACAGGACUGGGAAGAGGUGGUUAUUUCAGACUGUCACCUUGUAACACACUGUGAGACGGAGGAGACGAACACAAAAGAUCUUGAAGAAAAAAGCAAAAUGUCAAACAGAAUAUCAGAAGAUGAAACAACAGAAAAGGUAGAAAGCACUGACAAGACUCAAAUGAAACAUUCCGCUGUUAAAGAGACCCGUAUCAACACAAACUCAAGGGUAAAUGUUCCAUCUUCCCCUCCAUCGAGCACUAAAGGACAGGAUAUAAAAAGCACUCCAAGAUCCCGAACAACAUUACUUGGUUCUGCCCGACCUAAAAGAGCCAUACUGCCUGCUCCUCCCAAUUCAAGCAGAGUGGUCAGUGGCCUAAGCACUAGCAGCAGUUUGGCUAUUAUGAAAACAGAGAAACAAAGCUCCAUCACAGCCAUGGGGUUGAAGCCCAGUACUUUGAAGCAACUCGGACACAGUGUUCAACCAUUGCCGAUGGCCCUAGAGAUAAUGGCAAAGAGUGAUCCCAGUGGAUCUGCAUUUCCUGCUCAAGUGAAACUGUCUGAAACGUUUCCAAGUUAUAAAUAUGGCUGCAAUAUGGCUUUGGAUCUAGGCUUAGCUACACUCAGAGGAAGAGGAAAGUGUAAAAACCCCUUCUGUGACUACAAAUAUACUAACAGACACAAGCCAAAAACCUGUCCUAAUUGUGGUUCCAAUCUGUCAAGAGACAAAGAAGAGAAAACAUCCAAGAAUUAUGAUGUGACACUUGUUGUUCCAAGUGUGAGCGAGCCUCUUAGCCAGUCUCAAAAGGAAAUCCAGCGUCAGUCAACCAUCCAACUGCUACGCAAGACUGUUCAGAUCCCAGAGAAUGAGUCUGAGCUGGCUGAGGCCUUCAACCUAAUACAGGAACUCAAUAGCUCCAGACUUGUUCUGUCUAAAGUUAGAGAAGGCUCUGUGACUAUUGAGCAGACAUCCUGGGCCAGCUUCUAUGAGUCUCCAGCUGUCCAAUGCCAUCUGUGUGAAAGCUUAUUAUUUAAAGGAGACAAAAACUCGGUGGCUGGACCCCAGGAUUGCUGGCUUUUAACAGCCAAUCGUUUACAAGUGGUGGCUGCCCAGGUUAAGAUGUGUGUGAAUCCCCAAUGUUUGGCUAUUCACAGCUUUAAUGACAUAUUUACUGGGCUUUUUAACGUGGGGAACAAGAUGCUUGUAAGCUUGGACCUCCUCUUCUCUAUCCGAAAUGAAAUAAAGCUAGGAGAAGACCCCAGAGUUGCCAUCAGCAGCAUCCUAGGUUCUGUACAAGAGCAGGCAGAUAAAAUAUUAUGUGCUGAAGAGUUGGCAGCAGUUCAGGAGCUGCUGAGCUGUGGAUACUGGGCUUUUGAGUGUCUCACCAUCCGAGACUAUAAUGACAUGAUAUGUGGCGUGUGUGGGGUUGCUCCAAAAGUGGAAAUAGCUCAAAGAAACAAAGAAAGCACUCUCACACUGAACAACAUAGAGUUUACCUGGCCAGAGUUUUUGAGCUCCAAUGAUGUAAGCAUGGAAGAUUUCUGGUCUACCUUGGAGACUGAAGUUUUAGAACAAGCUGCCUUCCCAUCUAGUAUCCCCAUCACUAAGUUUGAUGCUUCCAUCCUUUCUCCAUUCUUUCCUCCUCUUAUGCAUGGACCUGUAGUUGUUAAUAGCGAGAGCUUUAAGAACUUGGAAGUACAAAAAGUUCCAGGUAAUGCAAGUACUCUGGUGAAACUGCUCCAGGAAGGGUCUCUGAAACUGGAUCAGAUGAACUUGCAUAGCAAAGAAGAGCUACAGAACAUCCUGUCCCUCUGUGGAAUCCCAUGGAACAGUACAGAUACAAAGGAUCAGAUGUGUUACUCCCUUCUGACUCUUUCUGAGUUUAUACAGAAUGGAACACAGGUCAAGCAGCCUCCAUCUCACCUCACAGGAGGGAAACUUUACAAAGUGUGUCCUCACCAGGUGGUUUGUGGGUCAAAGUAUAUUGUUCGUGGAGAAAGCCCUCGAGAUCAUGUAGAUCUCUUGGCCUCUUCACGGCACUGGCCUCCUGUGUAUGUAGUUGACAUGGCCACACAAGUUGCUCUCUGUGCUGAUCUCUGUUACCCAAAUUUAACCCAGAAAAUGUGGGGCAAGAAUCAGGGAUGCUUCUCAGAUACCUCAGAGCCACCAAUGUAUGUGUCCUGCCCAGAGUUGUUGGACAGACAUUACAGCGUAGACAUAAUGGGAAACGAGCCCUCAAUCCAGCAUCCAGUUACUAAAUCUGCUUCAAGAAGAAUAGUCCACGUGGUGGCAGAACAGAAUGGUGCAUGCGACCCCACAUCCCGACACCAUUCGCUCUCUUUGUGCCGUGAGCUGGAGCCAUACAGUGCUAUCAUUACAGCCAUUGGAGACAGCAAGACUAGCAACAUCCGUCAUCACCCAAUUAACUUUGAAAAUGCAACACAUUAUUACCUUUACAACAGGCUGAUUGACUUUCUAACUAGUCGGGAUAUAGUUAAUCGGCAGAUACAUGACAUUGUACAAACCUGCCAACCUGGCGAGGUUGUAAUUAGAGACACUUUGUACCGGCUCGGAGUAGCACAAAUUAAAACAGAAACUUUUGAGACAGAAGUGGAGGAGGACAUUGUACCGGAACAGCUGAAACCAGUGUGAAUACACAAGCUAAGUGCAAUAGAAGAAACAUUUAUUUAAUCUUAUUGAUAGAUUCAGACAAUCAUGCACUUGAUUUGAUUGAAUAAGAAAGAAACAAUGCUUAAUUGGGCCCAUUUUCAUAUUUUUAAUAACAUGAUAGCUUUAGUAAGAUCUGUUAAUUUACCUAAUAAAACCUGAAUCACAGAAUACUGUGAUUUCUGCAUUUUACUGUGAGAAAAGUUGGAAACUGCAUUGUGUAGCUGUUCUGCCCUAAAAAGAAACUUUGUGCAGACAGUUUGGAUCAUUGGCAAUAUAAUGUCAUUUAUGCCCCAAAAAGGAUUGUGUGCAUUGUCCCAGCUGUCCUCCUUCGCUUGCCAGUGAGUAGAUAUUGCAUUGAUAUUUACACGCACUCCUUUAAAUUUACUUUCACCAAAACAUAUCCUUCACUUCAUGCACUUUAUUUAAAACCAUCUCAAUAAAGUAUUCUUGCUACCACUGUGUUUAUUAACCAAAGAAAAAUUAGAUAGCUGCACGCUAAGUGCAACAUCACAGGAAAGGUGAGUGUAACUGUUGAAUAUUUAUAUCUGAUGUUAUAUUUCACAAUCAAUAACAUUAAGAGAAAUUAAUUAAAUCUAGCUUUCAUUUUGAAUGUUUAAAGGAAUAUUAAACAGUAUGAGAUUGUAAUAUAAAAUGUUUAAUUAUGUGUAGUUAAACUUUGCAAUAUACUAUCAUUAUUUAUUUUGUCUCCCUUUUCCUGAAAUUUAUCUCUCAAAAAUUGUUGGUUUUCUAAAAGUCUCUAAGUUUCUAUUAAGUAAUGGGCGACAUAAUAUUUUAACUUAAGUUUCCUCUUAUCUUUCUUUACCGCUGACGAUAAUUAGGGAAGGCAACAAAAGAGACUGUCCAAAUAAGGCUGUGUGGAACAUAGGUUUAUCUAAAAGGGCCUUUUUUGCACAUAUAGAUAUAAAUAGAAUGCUAAGACAAACAUGGCAGCACCCAUUACUUAGAAAUGAAAGUAUUAGAAACUAAGGAAUUUUAUAGAAACUAAGCAUUUACAUUUCCAGUAUUUAAACAACUAAUAUGAUUGUAAAAAAUACGUCUGCAUAUUAUUCUAAGGCUGAUCUUUGCAAUAAAUACAGCAAGUAUUUACUGUUUAAUAUCCCUUUUAUUGGAGCACCAAUCAUGUUUCAUAUUGAACUUAAAUAUGUCACUUUAAGUAAGUUGGAGUGGUUUUGAAAAUAUUUACUUUGAUAUUUGCAGUGUCUGUUUUUGCAAGGUUAUACAAACUAUGUCCAAUCUCACUUCUGAAGACCAGUGAUACUUUUCACAAACAAAAUAACUUACAAUUGAAAAUGCUUGUAACUAAAACAGAUUUUUUUUUCAUUUUCAUCUAAACUUGACAUACAAGUGCAUUUCAAAAACCAUGGGUCAUUUACAUAGCCUUAUAAUAUAUUUUAAAGUUGGAGAAAUUGUAAUUCAAAAUAAUAUACAGCAUAGCAUUUUUCUUCAUUUUUAAAGUACAAAACAGGAUUCACCUAGAUUACAAGCAAGCAUAUUUUCUGUUUUGAGUCUUGCUGGAUAGAUGCACACUAGUUAGUAAACUUUAUGCCUUAUAACUUUUAAAAUAAGUAUUUAAGGUAUUGUGAAGAGAUUUAUGACAGUCUCCCUGUCCCUGUUUUCCUAUGUUAAAAUUUAAAAUAAGCUUGUUCAAAGUAAAGGAAUAUAGAGAAUUUUGUUAAAAAGUGGUCAUCUAAACUAGCAUUCAUUUCUUUAAAUAUAAGAUUCUUGUCUAGGCUGUUAUAUAUCUCAGCCUUACAAAUAUGAAAGCAGGAUUACGCUGUCUGCAACCAUUUUAUAGCAAUAUUUUUGAAACAAUCAACCAAUGUCCCAUCAGAAGUAGAAUUCUGUAAUACAAAAAAAAAAAAUGGCUGCCAGAAUUUGGCUUAAUUUAUUACACUAUUAAUAUUGUUAGUUUUACCCACAUGCUCUUGUGUGUUUAUCAGUGACACUUAAUUGUAAUUGUAAAAAUAUGAUGACUUUCCCUGAGUUGGUAUCAAGAAUGGAAAUCUAAACUAUUACAUUCAAUAAAGGCUUAUAUCCAUUGUGUAGUUUACAGUAGAAGAGAAAUAGCAAUGUAUAACACACAAAGAAAUGUAUUACUUUUUUUAGCUAAAUGUAAAUUAAAAACAAAAAAAUGACCUUCUGUGAAGGAAAGUGUACUAUAUUAUUAUGUUUAUUGUAUUUAGAAAGAAAAAAAAGUCUAAUGUGACAUUAUUUGCACUGAUUUUUUUUGUGUCUGUUUACUCACUAUUUGAUCUUUAUGUUUAUUAAGUGCAUAUUUUUGUGUUUUAAAAUGUUUAAUGGAUGCUACAUUGCAUUUUAGUACUGUGUAAAGAAUUAAAUUUAGCUCUGUUUUAAAGUC